GUUUGUAUAGAAAGCUGCAGAGUUUGAUGCAGCCUGGGGCAGGCGGCGGGUGACCAAGGAUUCCAGCCUUAACACCGUUAUCCGCUGUAUCCUCAAUUUGAAAUAAUUUUGUCAAAUAAAAGGAUGCAUUGGAUGGCCAUUGAUAUCCAUGGGGAUAGAUGGUGGUGAAAUUGACUAGUCUAUAUUUGUUUAGGGAUUUUUUCUGGAAGGCGAUAUCGCAACGAUGGUGUGGCAGACGUUCAGAAGUUUACAAAGAGGCGACUUCAGUGCUCUUCUGCUGGCUGUGGCGGUGCUUGGGGUUCUGUUCGCAGGGAUGCAAGAAACCACAGCAUUUCCCACCUGGAGAAUAGAGGUAUGGUGUGACAAUUCCACUUUUUAACUGGAUACCUCCUUUAAUUGCACUGGUGAAUACUUCAUUCAGUUUCUAUGCUGGAAUAAGUUAUGAUCAAGAUUUUGGAUGAUUAAACCCAUUUAGGGCAACAAUAUUUUCUUUUCAUUUGAACUUUUUUUUUCAGUGUCUACCAAGACAUCUGCUUGGUGACAAAUGAGCAAAUAAUAAAUAAAUAAAAUGUAAUUGUAAUAUUAAUCAUAUUUUUGGUUAAAGGGUAGACUAUACCAACUGACUUCAUCAGACAGAAAUUCCUUCAUAUAAUCAGUAAUUAUACAUGAUAUAAUGUAGCCUAUUCAUAUUAUAUAAUUGGAGGAAUUCUGUAGUUUUGAUGGUGCAUUCAAUGAAUAUAAUUGUAGGCAUUUACAAUGGCUACCUAUCAACUGGAUAGCCUACAGUUAGUAUAGAAUAAGAGACAACAUUUUCUUUGAAAUAGACAUAACAUCACAAGAGACAGACUCGCUUGUAUGAUAUGCAAUCUCUGUAGAAUAAUGAAGAAUUUGGUUGGUUUUGCCCUGAUUUCUUUCCCAGUUCAGGAAAACAUAGGUCUACAACUAUUUUUAUUGCAUUGUAGCCACAAUAAACAUGUUUUGAUCUGGCUGGAUGAAGUAUUUUCCCUCACUUAUACCAACUUAGCUAUUCUAAAAAAAAGUGUCUUCUAUUGUUCAUUAAUUCACACUAUGUCAAAUGCAGACUUCUCAGAAUCCUUGAUUAGUAAACCAGGGGCAAAUAGUUUGGGAAUCUUCAAAGGAGAGGACAGUAAGAGGAGCUUAGCAUGUUGGUUGAGCACUGAAUGAUCAGGUUCUGAAGGUUAACUCCAGUGGCUUGUUUUGGAACAUGUUCAGUUGUUUUCCAUAGGAAGGAAUGGAGUAGCAGUUUGCAAAUGGUACAGCUUAGAACAACAUGUAGCUUCAAGAAAUCAUGAUUUAGGGCCAGGCUACAUGGACUGUUCUCACAUUGCUCCAACUUAAGUGGAAUGCCUGCUCCAACUUCUAGGCUAUGUCCUCUUCUCUUGUAGUGUAUGUUUCCUUGACUCUGUUAUCAGUGUGGCAGGAAGUCUUCAGUCUUCUGCAGGGCUCCUCUGGUGUUAGUCUGGGAGUCUAGGCCUCAGCUCUUGGCAAAGCCCUUGUUUUCCUGGAACAUUGAAAAAGGAAUGCAUAUGAUGUGUGAAACUUACUCCUCAGCCUGAAGUGUCCCCACUUAUGCCAGCGAAUAGCUAGCUUUUUGCGUGGCGCAGACUGGUAAGCCGCUUCAGGAGGGCGGUCACGUUUGCUAGCAUGGCAGAGGUCCCGAGUUAGCGCCAGGUAUGGGCCGAAUCGGGGGGAAGUGGUACUCGCUAAGCAAGCAGCGUGACGUCCCUUACAUAUAGUGUCUACAUCAUUUCUCUGAGAAUAACUAUUUCCUUUACAUACAGAUAUUUUAAUAGUAUAAAUUCAGAUUUUCAUAAAUAGCCAUUUCUUUGGGUUGUAUUCCCACUGUAUUUGUAUGUAAGUUUGGAACUUGGUCAGGACGUGUUGGUCCAAUCCCUUAUCGUUGAUGGUAAGGACUGUGGAGUAGAGCCGUGGAUAGGCUAAAUUAGCUUAUUCACUUGUCAUAAAAGUCCCCGGUCACAAAGUCCCCUAAAGUUAUUUGGAUAAUCAGUCAGUGUAUACUGUAACUGUAUAUUUUACAUUCUAUUAUUAUUAUGUAAUAACAAAGUCACAACAUAGUUCUAAAUACUCUUAAACAGUAAGCACCUAUAGCUGAUCCAGGUGUUAUUAUUUGGAAAGUCUUAUUUGCCCCUCCCCAAAGGGACAUCAGACAUAUUGUAUCUGCAAAAUGUAUCAUACUUAAUGUUAGGAAAACAGUUUUACUGCUGACCACUUCCUUUUUCUACGAAAUGGAAUGCCCUUGCAUGAAAAUGUAACAUUCACAUGCAAGGCAUUGGAAUAAUAGCCUGUAGAAACAGCAGAAUUACAAUAGAGUUGAGUAUCCUCAGCUGGUCAAGUCAAACCAGAACCCUUGCAGCAUGGAACUGUUGAUUGUUUAGAUUUUGUACAUUAUAACUAUAAAUACUGUAUAAAUUAACACCAUGAAUCACAACUGUCAGUUCAACUAACAGUGUAAGUAGACUACAGUACAACGUUAACUCUGUGCUGCUCCCAGCCUGUUACUUGAAGUGUGUCAGAAGGUUGGGUACUGUGGCAGUAAAAAUACAAAUGUUUACUGUACCAUGGUUAAAUAAAGAUCUGUUUCAAGAGACUUUCGUUUUUUUUUUUUACUUCUCAUGAAUGAUGUUGAAUAAAUGUGUUAUACAUUUUUUUAUGAAUGAUACUGCAGCAACAUGAAUAAAGGUGUAAUGACUGGUAUCAUAAAGGUGUAAUGACUGGUAUCAUAAAGGUGUAAUGACUGGUCUCAUAAAGGUGUAAUGACUGGUAUCAUAAAGGUGUAAUGACUGGUCUCAUAAAGGUGUAAUGACUGGUAUCAUAAAGAUGUUAUGACUGGUAUCAUAAAGGUGUAAUGACUGGUCUCAUAAAGGUGUAAUGACUGGUAUCAUAAAGAUGUUAUGACUGGUAUCAUAAAGGUGCUAUGACUGGUAUCAUAAAGGUGUUAUGCAUGCUUUAUGUAUACCCCCUUCAAGUAAAGUGUUACCACUUACUUUUACUUUUUACUCCUUGAGGAUCUCCACCGCAUUCUGUUUUGGUCCAGUUUCUCAUACUUCUGUUCUUCCAUCUCAUGUUGUUACCAAUAUUCUCCUGGUCCUUGGUUAUUUGGUCAGGUUCAGACACUGGAUCAAGUCAUUCUGGAUAUUGGCGGGAACUGGAAAACACUGUCAUACAAGUUGAUCUGUAAAACGCUGUUGUACACGUCGAUCCAGAGCAUCCCAAACAUGCUCAAUGGGUGACGUCUGGUGAGUAUGCAGGCCAUGGAAGAACUGGGACAUUUUCAGCUUCCGGGAAUUGUGUACAGAUCCUUGCGACAUGGGGCCAUGCAUUAUCAUUGUCACGUUCGUUGAGUAAAUGGUCGGACCAAGGUGCAGCGUGGUAUGCGUACAUGUUUAAUUUAUUAAAUAAAUACUUGACAAAAUAACAAAAGCAACUGAACGUGAAGUUCUAAAGGCUAACAGCAACAAGCCUAAACAGAAACAAGAUCCCACAACUAAAGGUAGGCAAAAUGGCUGCCUAAGUAUGAUCCUCAAUCAGAGACAACGAUCGACAGCUGCCUCUGAUUGGGAACCACACCCGGCCAACAUAGAAAUAUAUAACAUAGAUAUGUCAACAUUCACACCCUGACCAAACUAACUAGAGAAUAACAGGGUUCUCAAGGUCAGGGCGUGACAGUACCCCCCCCCCCCCCCCCCCCCAAAGGUGCGGACUCCGGCCACAAAAACCUAACUUAUUAGGGGAGGGUCCGGGUGGGCAUCUAGCCUCAGACGCUGUAAACUCCUCUCCUUUCCUGCCUCCCCGUAGCACACCUGGUCCGGUCUGGAUCCCGGUGCGAUGCUUCCCCUCUCAGUCCUCCCACAAUGCACCAAGCCCUGUCUGGACCCUGGUGUGAGAGCCCUCGACCCUGGAGAGGCGUUGACGUCUGGUUCCGGCUCGGCAGUCCUCCUGCGAUGCACCAAGUCCUGUCUGGACCCUGGUGUGGGAGGCCCCGAUCCUGGAGAGGGGUUGACGUCUGGUUCCGGCUCGGACCCGGUGGAGCAGAUGGCUCCGGCAUGGAGGAAGAGUAGGCGACCGGACCCGUACUGGGCACCAGUGGAGCGGACUGCUCUGGCACUGGACUGGAGCCGCUGACCGGAGCUGGAUUGGGCACCGGUGGAGCGGACUGCUCUGGCACUGGAACGGGCCUUACCGGGCUGGGGACACGCACCACUGGUUUGGUGCGAGGAGCAGGUACGGGGCGCACCGGGCUGACGACACGCACCACUGGUUUGGUGCGAGGAGCAGGUACGGGCCGUACAGGACUGGAGACACGCACCACUGGUUUGGUGCGAGAAGCAGGUACGGGGUGUACCGGGCUGGCGACAUGCACCACUGGUUUGGUGCGAGGAGCAGGUACGGGCCGUACAGGACUGGAGACACGCACCACUGGUUUGAUGUGAGAAGCAGGUACGGGGUGUACCAGUGGUGCGUGUCGCCAGCCCGGUACGCCCCGUGCCUGCUCCUCGCACCAAACCAGUGGUGCGUGUCUCCAGUCCUGUACGGGCCGGACCUGCUCCACGCACCAAACCAGUGGUGCAUGUCGCCAGCCCGGGGCGCACCGGGCUGGGGACACGCACCAUUUGUCUGGUGUGAGGAGCAGGCACAGGCCGUACAGGACUGGAGACACGCACCACUGGUUUGGUGCGAGGAGCAGGCACGGGAUGCGCCGGCGCAUAGCCUGGUGCCUGCACAGUCACACGCUCCUCAAAGCGAGUGCGGGGAGUUGGCUCGCUUCUGAAACCUGGCUCCACCAGCCUCUGCUCUAAGGACCGAGCUCUCUGCUGCUGGAGGGUUAACUCAUUUCUCAGCUCCUCCUGUUGCCUGGCCAGCUCCUCUCUCCGUGCAUCCACUGACUCCUUCUCCCAGAGGGCCUCCUGCAGCGCCUCCUUCUGAAGGGAGAGCACCUGCUCCCUCUUAUCUAUCAGCCCCCGUAAGGUGGUGGUCUCCUCUCUCAGAGUGCUGAGCUGCAGGUCUUUCAGGGCCUCCUGCUGCUUCGCCCACCACCCCAUGUGCCCCCACCAAAAAAUGUAUUGGGGCUGCCUCUCGGGCUUCCUUAGUGAUCAGGACCUUUUGAGUCACCGUUUUUUCUCCCUCGCUGUCUCCGUCUGCUCCCAAGGAAGGCGAUCCAUACCUGCCUGGAUCUCCUCCCACGUCCAUGAUCCUUUUACGUCUAAUAUCUCCUCCCAUGUCCAUGAUGUCUGCUCCUCCUGUUCACGCUGCUUGGUCCGUUGGUGGUGGGAUCUUCUGUCACGUUCGUUGAGUAAAUGGUCGGACCAAGGUGCAGCAUGGUAUGCGUACAUGUUUAAUUUAUUAAAUAAACACUUGACAAAAUAACAAAAGCAACUGAACGUGAAGUUCUAAAGGCUAACAGCAACAAGCCGAAACAGAAACAGAAACAAGAUCUUGGCAAAGAAGAAAUGCUCACUAACAGGGAUGUAACAAAUUUGUGCACAACAUUUUAGAGAAAUAAGCUUUUUGUGCAUAUGGAACAUUUCUGGGAUCUUUUAUUUCAGCUCAUGAAACAUGGGACUAAUACUUUACAUGUUGCGUUUAUAUUUUUGUUCAGUGUAAAAAUAAGUCUCACUUAAGGCCAACCCAGCGAACACAGAACUUAUCUGUAACAUUCCCUAAAGAUUAUCCUUUGUCAAAUAACUUUCCCACAAAGUUCUGGAAACCAACAUUUGUUUGCUGGGAAUCCAGAUCCCGAUCAUAAAUAUAAAUUACAUCUGGAUGUUGAGGUGACAUGUGUCUAGUAGGUUGUAACUCCUCCCCCUGCUCUUAACUGGUCGAGCCAAAUCUCAGGUGGUUAAUCUACGAUUAUUUUGUCCAAGGAAGAAGUUCACACCUCUGGUGUGUUACUGAUUGGGAUUCGCAAAGAUGCCCGCACACAGGUUCUACACCUCUCCAGGAACAAGCGCUACACCCUCACCCCUGAGAAACUCAAAUGGGACAAGUUCAAGCUCACAUACAAGUAUGGAGAUUAUUUUAUUUCACCCUCCUUUCUUACCAAACAUUUACUGCCUAAAAACAAAAGGAAAUGCUGUUUGAUUUGACUUCAGACAUAUUUACGAGGGACAGUUGUCUUAGAGAUUUAUUCAGACUUUCUGAUAGAGCCAAUUGCUUUUACUGAUUUCUGCUGUUGUAAUAUGCCAAGUGGUUUCCCCAGAUAAUGUCAUUGUGUCUGUGCAGGCUGCUCUCUUUCCCAAGGAACCUGAUGAAUGCCAGUGACACGCGCAGAGGCAUCGCCAAAGCCUUCACUAUGUGGAGUGACGUCUCGCCCUUCAGCUUUAGAGAGGUGCCUGCUGACCAGGAGGCAGACAUCAAGAUAGGUGGGGGCACAACAACUUAUACCUAAAGCAUAUCAGGCAUGAUUACUGGCAUAUAAUCUAGUAGAAGGCCUAUACAGUGACGUGUCUGAAAUGCCCUCAGCAUUUGAAAUGAACAAAUCUCCCUCUACUGUAGAGUUAUCUAAUGUUCAGCAUGAUUCAUGGCUCUAUUUGUAUGAGAAAGAGUCCUGUACACCUUCCAAGCAUGUGUAAUCAUUUUAAAGUGAUCUAAAUCAUGCCGAAGCCAUCCGAGUGGGAGCACGCACCACGGUCUGGGAGUCUUGACCGUGUGAAAAAUGGCAGUCAUCCUCAGGGGGGUUGAGAAGUUUGGAAUCCAUCAUCUUCUAGACUCGACUGUAUGUAGAAUGAGAUAGAGGCUGGAGAGUUUCCCCUCUUGGUUGUGCUGUCUGAGGCACAGCUCUCUCUCUCUUUUUGGCAGGCUUCUACCCCAUCAACCACACAGACUGUCUGCAGUCCUACUUGCACCACUGUUUCGACGGCAUCACCGGCGAACUGGCCCACGCCUUCUUCCCUUCGACGGGCGAGAUCCACUUUGACGACCAUGAGUAUUGGAUUCUGGGAAACAUGCGCUUCAGCUGGAAAAAAGGCAGGCACUUCGGGUGAUCUCUUUCCUGUUUUUGUAAGCUGCUGUUGUGCACUCAGCACCAAAGCUACUUGCUGGAUGUCCAGCUCAAUUAGUCAGAUGCACUGGGUUGAAAAGUGAAAAUUGUGGACACUGUAGUUGGUAAUUAUGUCUUGAAGCUGGAAUAGUCCACAGUGUAAUACUGUGCCUAAAUGUGUAAUGGUUGGAAGAUACUGUGAACUUAGAAGCGUAGCUUGAUUUUGCCGUUGUUGUUAGAUUAACUGCGUCUCAGUAGUCGGCUCCUUCAUCGACACUGAUCUGAAAAGACAGGUAUAGCUGAAAGUCAUAUGUUGUUAAGCCACUCGGAACUAACUUUCAUGUGUAUAGUUCCGUUAGAUAUUUCAGUGGAUGAGGGAAAGGACUUGAGCCACUUUAGACUAUUGAAAUGCACCCCAAUUACUGAGACAGAAUUAACAGUGUUGUGUUGUUGUUUGUGCAGGGGUGUGGCUGACAGACUUGGUCCAUGUAGCGGCUCACGAGAUUGGCCACGUCCUAGGCCUCAUGCACUCCCUGAACCCCAAGGCUAUCAUGCACCUGAACGCAACUCUAACGGGGCGCAAGCUCAUCACACAGGACGAGGUGUGGGGGCUGCACCGACUCUAUGGUAAGCCAAGAGCCCUGUAAAACAGACUGAGAAUCAACAGUGUCGUAUUGUUUUGUAGCAUAUCUUUCAAAUGAAAUAAAUCCUCAUUUAAAAUAAUGGUCCCACUUUAAACAACCAAUUUAUAUAGGCUUUAUAGAGUAUUCAUGAAGUCUUCCUAAGCACUACAUAGAUGCUUCACAAAUAAUUGAUUUACUACCUGCUGCAAGUAAACGUGGCGUUAAUGCGUAUUGUUGAACCUUUACAGUGAGUCAUUGUAAAUGUGAAGGCAGAUUGUCAUCCCAAAUUCCUUUGCUGCAGACUGAAAUUUGCGCUCUCAUCCCUCUCUUCCCUCCCCCUCUCCUGUAGGAUGUUUGGAUAGAUUAUUUAUCUGUCCAGCCUGGGCGCGGAAAGGCUAUUGCGAAAGCAAGCGCAAGCUCAUGCAGAAGCACUGCCCCUCCAGCUGUGAUUUCUGUUACGGUAAGAGCAGCACUGCAGAGGAAAAAAGAUGACUCCCAAUCUGCUGGUGCAAGGAAUCGCAUCUGUACCGUUUGCCAAUACAUCGAAACGCAGCCAACGAAGUCCAGCCAUGCAGAACCAUGAUGAGGGUUUGCAGCCAUCCUGAUUUAAAGUCAGAUUGGAUACUUGCCACUGGAUGAGACUCAUUGAGAAAGAAUUACCUCAAUGAAUUUUGGUCUGCUUUAUAGUAAGCGAGCAGAGCAUUUUAGUGAGGCACCUCGACAGCUUAAAUUCCCAUAACCUCCGCAGCCAGUCUCACCAGGACCAAGCCUCCAGUUGCACAACAGGAUAUGACUCCUCCUCGCCACGGCAGCCAUAGAUUGUUGUGGGUUUGUCCAAUUUAUAUGUGUAACAAGGGAGAAUGUGGAGAGGAGAGAGGAUACCAUUCCUGGCUCCUAAUCUGUUCUUCAUUGUUGAUUGGGAGACGUUGUACGGCUGUGGAAAAUUCCAGAGUGACUCCAAACCACUGGAAUUUCAGACUGUGGCUUGAGGGUUAGAGACGCGGAAGGUCAAUUUGGGAUUUUUGCAGCUUAAACUAGUGGCUGUCUUUUAAACAGACUUCCAGCUGAUCAUGAGGCACAACAUUGUGUUUACACUCAUCGAAUGGCUGUAGCACUUGGGUAAAUUAACUAGGUAGAGAAUGUCCUUAAACAUCUACAAUGGGUUUCUUGACAGGUGCUAUGGAGUUUUUUGAUGCACAACAUGUAGGCAGAUAGGAGCUUUUAUGCUUAGUUUGAGUGUGUAUGUCUUGGGGGAUAAUUUUAAGUUAAAUUCCUACUCAGAUCAAAUUAAACAAUUAGUAAGAAGACAUUUUCUGGGAGCUUCGUUUACUUUUUGGAGUAAACAUUUCAUGAAAAGACAUUAACAUCCUCUUGUGAAAUGAAAGCCAUACCACACCGAGUCAUGUCUGGUUAAGACUAUACAGAAGUGGAUUCCCCAGCCUUUAACCUUAUGUUCCCUAACUUUCCUCAGAGUUCCCCUUCCCCACCAUGGCCCCCACCCCCACCCCCCAACGGACCAAACACAAGCUGGUGGCUGAAGGGAAGAAUCUCACCUUCCGAUGUGGGAAGAAAAUUGCCGCGAAGGCAGGCAAAGUAUAGUGAGUAUGUCUUAUUUAGCCCAGUAUCACUUCUAAUAAAUCACGAUAUCAUACCAACAAUAGACUGAAUUUAAAUGGAUUUUUACUGUUUCUGUAGCUGGUACAAGGACGGAGAGCUUCUGGAGUACUCCCACCCUGGCUACAUCUCCCUAAAAGACGACCACAUCAGUAUCGUGGCCAACGCCAUCAACGAAGGCACAUAUACCUGCAUCGUGAGGAAAAAGAACAAGGUCCUCACCAACUACUCCUGGAGGGUACGCGUGCGCUUCUGAGGGUGAUGCCACCCUCCGCACACAGAAGCACUGGGAAUUAGCACAGAGACCACACAGACAGACACGACCAUAGAAAUAUAAUUACUAGAAGAGGAAAAGCCCUUAGACCACUGCAUUUUCACCCAUUGACUUGAAUGGGAUGUCCGUUCUAGGAAUUAUAUUUCAAAGCACACCUUCACUCACACAUUGCUUGUUCAAACGGGGACCUCACUCACUUGGGCACAUAUUUUAAUGUUCUGUCUAAACAAUACCCUCAAAACAAUCAUGUUUUAGGUCUGUUUUUUUGUUUGUUUUGUAAUGCAUUUUCAUAUGUGCACAAUAAACACUUUUAUUGAUGUAAAACUACAUUUUGUGUCCGAGCGAGUAUUAGAUACACUGCUGG